AAAAGAGUUUCGUGAGCAGCCGAACCAAAGUGGAAGUCUUCUUCGUCGUCACUAAAAGAAAAGAUUUUUUUUUUAAUUAAGAAUAUAAAUUAGUGUAAGUAGUCAUUAAAUCAUUAAUGGCUAAUGUUGGAACGGGUCAACAACGGCAGCCAAAUCUUUCCGAUACUUCCGUUACAAGUCAACGUUCCCUUCGUCGUCUCAAGAGAAUCAGACAUUUCAUCUGAAUUCACCACAUUUUAGAUCUCCCUUAUUCAUAAAACCCCAAGUCUCAGAGUUCUUGUUCUUGAUUGCCCGCCAAGUGUUCGAUCUUUGGUCCCAGUGAACGAAAGUUCCCGUCUUGAGAUUUGAUCUGGGUUCUGACUUCUGGGUUUUGCUUAAGAUUUGAUCACACCACUGAAAGUUUCCUUCUUUUGUUUUUAAUUUCUUGUUUUCUCUUAUGGCGCAUCAUCCGGUUUAUACCGAGACGAUGUCGAUGGGAGGUGGGUCAAGCCACGGGCUUGGCCAGCAAUUCGUGCCGUUUGCUACGAGCAGCGGAUCCUUGAGGGUUGAGUUGUUACAUGGCAACUUAGACAUUUGGGUUAAGGAAGCUAAGCAUCUUCCUAACAUGGACGGGUUCCACAACAGACUCGGUGGGAUGUUGUCUAGCUUUAGCCGGAAGAACAGUCCCAAAGCGGAAGGCGAGAAAUCGUCCAAGAUAACGAGUGAUCCUUACGUGACCGUCUCUAUCUCUGGUGCUGUGAUCGGCAGGACUUACGUGAUCAACAACAGCGAGAACCCUGUGUGGAUGCAGCAUUUCGAUGUACCCGUGGCUCAUAGUGCUGCGGAAGUUCACUUUGUGGUGAAAGACAGUGACAUCAUCGGAUCGCAGAUCAUGGGAGCUGUUGGAAUCCCGACAGAGCAGCUUUGUUCCGGGAAUAGAAUCGAAGGGUUUUUUCCGAUACUCAACAGUAGUGGGAAGCCUUGUAAACAGGGUGCUGUGUUGAGUUUGUCUAUUCAGUACACUCCAAUGGAAAGGAUGAGGCUUUACCAAAACGGUGUUGGUUUUGGGAACGAGUGUGUGGGAGUUCCCGGUACGUACUUCCCUUUGAGGAAAGGCGGUAGGGUUACUCUGUACCAGGAUGCUCAUGUUGAUGACGGUACACUUCCGAGUGUUUAUCUUGAUAAUGGGAUGCAGUAUGCACAUGGAAAGUGCUGGGAGGAUAUGGCUGAUGCGAUAAGAAAGGCGAGGAGGUUGGUUUAUAUCACUGGUUGGUCAGUUUAUCACCCGGUUAGGCUUGUUCGUCCUAAUAACGAUCCGACCAAUGGUACACUAGGGGAUUUGCUUAAAGACAAAUCUCAGGAAGGUGUUAGAGUUUUGGUUUUGGUGUGGGAUGAUCCAACUUCAAGGAGCCUUCUGGGGUUCAAAACACAAGGAGUCAUGAACACAAGCGAUGAAGAGACUCGCCGGUUUUUCAAGCAUUCAUCUGUGCAAGUUCUCCUUUGUCCCAGAUCUGGAGGGAAAGGUCACAGCUUCAUUAAAAAAUCUGAAGUUGGAACUAUCUACACCCAUCAUCAGAAAACAGUGAUUGUAGACGCUGAUGCACCUCAGAAUAGAAGAAAGAUCGUAGCUUUUGUCGGAGGGCUAGAUGUUUGCAACGGACGAUUUGAUACUCCGAAGCAUCCUCUCUUUAGGACACUAAAGACAGUCCAUAAAGAUGACUUCCAUAACCCAAAUUUUUUGACUACUGUGGAUGAUGGACCAAGAGAACCGUGGCAUGAUCUGCACAGCAAGAUUGAUGGUCCAGCUGCAUACGAUGUGCUUAAAAACUUUGAGGAACGUUGGCUAAAAGCUUCAAAGCCUCGCGGAAUCGGGAAACUAAGAUCGUCUGCUGAUGAUUCUUUGCUAAAGAUAGACAGGAUUCCCGACAUCAUGGGACUAUCAGAAGCUUCUUCUGCUAAUGAGAAUGAUCCAGAGUCUUGGCAUGUUCAGGUUUUCCGUUCGAUUGAUUCAAGCUCAGUCAAAGGGUGGACAAAGGAUCCAAAGGAAGCUACGGGAAGUAAUCUUCUAUGUGGGAAGAAUAUACUCAUAGACAUGAGCAUACACGCUGCUUAUGUUAAGGCCAUAAGGUCUGCUCAGCAUUUCAUCUACAUUGAGAACCAAUAUUUUCUUGGAUCAUCGUUCAACUGGGAUUCAAACAAGGACUUGGGUGCUAAUAAUCUAAUCCCUAUGGAAAUCGCUCUUAAGAUUGCUAACAAGAUUAGAGCAAGAGAGAAGUUUGCUGCUUAUAUUGUCAUUCCAAUGUGGCCAGAAGGUGCUCCAACAAGUAACCCUAUUCAGAGAAUUCUAUACUGGCAGCACAAAACCAUGCAAAUGAUGUAUCAAACCAUCCACAAGGCACUUGUGGAAGUUGGAAUUGAUGGUCAGUAUGAGCCACAAGACUUUUUGAACUUCUUCUGUCUUGGAACAAGAGAGGUUUCUGAUGCUGCUGGAACAGUUAGCGUAUAUAGUCCUCGGAAACCACCUCAGCCAAAUGCAAAUGCAAAUGCUAUGCAGGUGCAAGUUCUGAAGAGUCGGAGAUUCAUGAUAUAUGUUCAUUCCAAAGGUAUGGUUGUGGAUGAUGAGUUCGUCUUAAUCGGCUCUGCUAAUAUCAACCAGAGAUCCUUGGAAGGAACUAGAGACACUGAGAUCGCCAUGGGAGGGUAUCAGCCUCACCAUUCAUGGGCUAUGAAAGGUUCUCGUCCUCGUGGUCAGAUCUUUGGAUAUAGAAUGUCGUUGUGGGCAGAACAUCUAGGGUUUCUAGAGCAAGGUUUUGAGGAACCAGAGAACAUGGAAUGUGUGAGACGAGUGAGGCAAUUGAGUGAGCUGAAUUGGAGACAGUACGCAGCAGAGGAGGUCACGGAGAUGCAAGGUCAUCUUCUUAAGUAUCCAGUUCAAGUCGAUAGAACAGGUAAAGUGAGUUCUCUUCCUGGAUGUGAGACGUUCCCAGAUCUCGGUGGCAAGAUCAUAGGCUCGUUCCUUGCACUUCAAGAAAACCUCACCAUCUGAAACCUUUCGUAUAGAGAGUGUCAACAUUUGUUACAUGUUUCCUCCACUUCAAGAAACCUCUCUGAGUGUGUCUUUAGGUUUGAUUUGUGCGUUUCUAAUCUACGAGCUGUAAAUUCAUUCAUUACGAUUACUUCAGUUCAUCACAGAGUGCGCUUUGGUUUUCUUUUCCAUUUUAUAAUAAGUGUGGUGUGUAACAUUUAGGUUUGCGCUUCACAACAUUAUUUUUUUCUUAUUCCUCCCGUUUAUAAUAUUUUAAACCAAAUUAUUAUAUCUGUUUCAUUUUAUAUAUAUGCUGUUCUUGUUGAA